CCCAGGAAAAACAAUAUUUUGUUGACUUUUAACAGAAAUUGAAGAAUAAGAGGAAUCAAAUCACAAUGUCUGUUGAAAAGUGGGUUAGUGAGAAGCUGUUUGAUUUAUUGGGCAUAUCAGAUAAAUAUAUCGCUCAAUACUUUGUUGGCUUAGCCGGUAAAUCAUCGAGUGCAGAUGACUUUGUUUUUCGAUUGAAAGAAACUGGAACUGUAGAAGUGGAUGAUAAUAUUAUCGGUUUUACAAAAGAACUGUGGAAUAAAGUUCCUCAUAAAAAGAAGGCUGUGAAAUCGUUAACUACAGAGCAGCAAUCACAGUUGGAGUUAGAAAGAAAAAAUCAGACCUUUCAACUUCUAUCUGAUGGUGAUGAUGAUGAUUAUGAAAUACCAACAAAGAAAACAAAGAAAGAAAAUAAAAGACAGAAACAUUUACGAAAGAAACAAGAGUCUGAUAGUAGUAGUGAAAGUGAAAAAGAUGAACCUGUUCAGAAGCGAGGAAGAUCACCUUCAGCCUCAGAUAGUGAUGAUGUGGAGAAAGAGAGGCUACAUGAUCUACAAGAAAGAGAUGAGUUUGCCAACAGAUUGAAAGAUAAAGAUAAAGAAAAAACCAGGAACAUUGCUUCUAAAUCAGAACAAAGGGCAUAUGAGGAAGCUAAGAAAAGGCUGCAGAUGGAAACUGAAGAUAGAAAGAAGAUAAUUCCAGAAAUACGAAAGAAAUCGCGUCGUGAUUAUUUAAAGAAAAGAAGAGCUGACAAGAUAUACGAUUUAGAGGGAGACUUAGUUGAUGAAGAAUUUCUAUUUAAAGAUGUCAAAUUGUCGAAGAGAGAGAAACAGAAUAUUGAAUAUAAAAAGAAGGUAUUGAAAUUAGCGUCUGAACAUCUGAAAGCUGGGGAGAUUGAGAAAGUGAACCGGUAUUAUAUGCCUAAAGAUGAUGUGAAACCAGAAGAUAGAUAUGUGGAGGAUGAGAUGGAGAAAGGGAAUUAUGAACAGAAGCGUUGGGAAGAAGAACAGCUUCAUGCUGCUACUCUGAAAUUUGGUGCUAAAGAUGCCAAGAAGAAGAAUAAAGUGAAGGAAUAUGAUGUUAUUAUGGAAGAAGAAAUUGAAUUUGUACAAACAUUGAAAAUGCCUGGCUCAAAUAAAGAUACGGAUAUGCCUGAAAUGGAUGUAAAGAAAUCUAAAAAGAUGUCAAUAGAAGAAACCAAGAAGAGUUUACCUAUAUAUCCGUUUAAACAAGACCUGAUAGAUGCUAUAGCAGAACAUCAGAUACUGAUUAUAGAGGGAGAAACAGGCUCAGGGAAAACAACACAAAUACCUCAAUAUUUACAUGAUGCUGGUUAUACUGAUAAUGGAAUGAAGAUAGGCUGUACUCAACCUCGACGUGUAGCUGCCAUGUCAGUAGCUGCUAGAGUUGGACAGGAGAUGAACUGGAAACUUGGUAAUGAGGUGGGUUAUAGUAUAAGAUUUGAGGAUUGUACAUCAGAAAGAACUAUAUUAAAAUAUAUGACUGAUGGUAUGUUAUUACGAGAAUUUCUCAGUGAACCAGAUCUACAAAGUUAUAGUGUGUUGAUUAUAGAUGAAGCUCAUGAAAGAACUCUACAUACAGAUGUCUUAUUUGGUUUAGUUAAAGAUAUAACAAGAUUUCGACCAGAUUUAAAAUUACUGAUAUCUAGUGCUACCCUGGAUGCUCAGAAAUUCUCUGAGUUUUUUGAUGAUGCUCCAAUAUUUCGUAUACCUGGUAGAAGAUUUCCUGUUCAUAUUUAUUAUACCAAGGCACCAGAAGCUGAUUAUAUAGAUGCUGCAGUAGUUUCAGUACUACAGAUACAUGUAACACAACCAC